AUGAUCACCCCCAACCCCUGCACCCUGCCUCUAAAGGACCUCACAACUGAAAACUUAACAACAAAUGCAAACCUCAUAAACUCCCAAUGCCCCUCUCACCGCCUCCGCUACAUCCUCUCCCGCCUCGUAACCCACCUACAUGACUUCGCCCGCGAAACCCGCCUAUCAACUGCAGAAUGGUCCGCGGGCCUCCAAUUCCUCAUCGACGUGGGUCAAACUUGCACAACCCAGCGUAACGAAUUCAUCCUCUUGUCAGACAUACUGGCCCUAUCGGCGCUGGUUGACGCGAUUGAUCAUCCCAAGCCACCAGGCGCCACGGAGGGCUCUGUGCUGGGUCCAUUCCACACACAUGACGCCCCGCAGGUUGAGAAUGGGGGUUUACUCUCGAAUGAUCCGGAUGGUGAGUUGAUGCUGGUUACUUGUACUGUGAAGGAUGGGGCGGGGAAUGCGCUGGAGGGCGUUAGUGUAGAUAUUUGGGAGACGGAUAGCAGUGGGCAUUAUGACGUGCAGUAUGCGGAAGGGCAGAGACGAGGCGGGGCAACGGAUGGGAGGGGGGUUAUGUAUUCGGAUAAGGCGGGGAGGUUCUGGUUCAAGGCCAUUAAACCGGUGUCGUAUCCAGUUCCGCACGAUGGGCCUGUUGGCAAGUUGUUGGGGGUGUUGAAGAGGCAUUCGUAUCGGCCGGCGCAUAUGCAUUUUAUGUUCAAGAAGGAGGGGUGGGAUAAUUUGAUAACAGCCAUCUACCUCCGCGGGGACCCUUACGAAUCCUCCGACGCCGUCUUCGGCGUCAAAUCCUCUCUCAUCGUCGACCUACACUCACUUACGGAUCCAGAUGUGGCGAAGAAAUAUGAUGUUCCACUGGGCACGCCUGUGCUGCAGUAUGACUUUGUCCUGGUAUCAGAAGCUGAAGCGAGUACGCUGCGGGAGAGGAAUUCUAAGGAGGCAUUGGAAAAAUUAGGGUGGAAAGUUAGAUUGUUAGAUGGGUUGCCGGUGCUUGAUGUUGAUUGA